CACCGUAAAUGUAUGCGGGAAAUUUCCUAUUACGCUCGAUGACAAAUAGAAGAUGGAAAGAUUGGACUCGCUGUGGACGCUUCCCCCUUUCACCUCCCAGGGAAAAAUAAUUGCGGUAAUCAAAGCCGGGUCGCGUUACCGAUAUCCAUCCUCCUCUACAAGCGCGUGCAUGGAGCGAUCAACGCUUGGUCGGUAUCGCGUUAAAGCCAGGCUGCUCGACCCGGCGACCGGACAAUCGCGUAGCGUGUACGCGCACGAAUAGAGUCGUACGCGCGCGGAGAGAGGAUUAGCGAGAGAGCGUGGGUGGAGCAUGGCAAUGGGAGCAACGGUGGACUUGUUAGCGCGAAUACAUCGUCAGGAAUAAAGCGUGUCGCAUGUAUAUACGUCUAAAUAUAAAGUCGGUGAAGCCGGUGGAGAAGAGGCGCGAGUGCCGCGGAUCCCUAGAGAAAGAGCGGUGUAACCACCUAGUCAAAACACGCCUGUUGUGUCGUUCGGAGAACUCGCGAGGCGACGUCGCAACAGCGACUGCAGCUGUAGUUGCAGUUCGCUGCAGCUGAAUCCGAUUCCAGACCGCCCUCUUCUCCGUGCUCUUCGCGAAUACGACGUUCGAGUUUCUCCCGUCGAUUAUGUUACAGUUUUGUGUCGUUUAGUGGGUGCGUCGAUGACUAGUGAAAUCGAUACCACCGUGCAAGAUCGAUAGUGGAAGCGGAAGAGAAAUUGUGAAAACGAUAGAUCCGCGGUUGAACAUAUACUUUCGCUGUGGCUUCGUAUUUCAAUUCUUUUCUAGUAAAACCUUUUAAAUCUUGUUCGUGGAACGAACGAUCCUAACGAUUUGCGCGCGUAGGACUCGGGUCGAAAAUAUUUAACCGACCGUGUCGAAUGUUGACCCUAAUCGCGACCGAACCAGAUCGGACCCGGCAAUUUGUGGCCUGUGCUCGGUUAGCCAUGCGAGGAUUGUGACUCUGCGCGAGCACUUCGUGGUACGAUUCUACUUACCGAAGAACGAGCUGGAGAUGGAGCGUGCCAUUUCGACGGACGACAGUUGCGCGAAGAGGCUGUCGACGAUCACGGAAUACUCGGAGCCCGGGAUCGACAGCGACGAUAACGAUCGCGAGGAACGCCGCGAGGAGGAGUCAGCGAUUCCCAGAGGCGAUUCCGAGCAAAGGCUCGAGGAGCAGGCGACAGCCGUCAAGUACUUCCUCGUGGACGACUCGCCGAUGGCGAAGUUCAGUCGGAGCAUCAAGUGGAUCUACAAGAAAUUACCAGUGGGCGGGGGUGGUGCUGUGCUGGUGCUCAGCGAGCUUGAAAGCAUGGCAGCCAGGCAACAGCGGGAAAUUGCCCAGCAAAGGCGCCUCCUGGAGCAGAGAGAGGCCCGUCUAGCCGUGCUUCGAGGCGCACAGGAGCCAGCACAGCAGGACAAACUCGCCAGAUUGAGGCACAGGCUGGACCAACAACAAAGCAAGCUGAAUCGGCUGCGAUUGCUCAGAUCGCAGACCGACCAGUCACGUGCCAACAACGCCACGUUGACCUCGGACCUGGACUGCAUAAGGGCGCUGUUUAACGAGAAGGAGAAAGAGCUCUCUCUGGCGGUGGCGAAGGUCGAGGAGUUGACGCGACAGCUGGAGGAGCUGCGGGGUCGACAGAACGCGGCCGGGACCGGAAACGGAGGUGGAGGUGCCGGAGGCGUCGGUGGCGGAGGCGUUGGCGGUGGCGGUGGUGGACACUUGUCGACGCCGGCCAGCGCCGAGCUGGAAAAACUUAGGAGGGAGCUUAUGUAUCGUAAUAAGAUGAACGAGCAGCAAAAUCAGAUGGUGUCUCAACAACGGUUAGCCCUGGCACAACGACAAGCGGAAAUGGCGUCGAUAGACGCGAGGAUAGCCCAGCUUCAGGGUCGUCUUCAGCGUAAAAGAGCCUUGAAUCAACGACUAAGCCAGCAACUAGGCUCUGGAAACCGCACGAACGCGAACACGGGGUUCACGGAGUCGAAGCUGGACUUCAACGCCGGAGGAAAGUCCAGACCCGCUGGAAACAUAGCCGCCAUCGAACCAUACUCCCAUAUACCGAACGACAACGAUUUUAAUCUGAACAAGAACGACCCCAAGUACCAGACACUGCCUUACAACACCAAGUUCACGGUGAACUUCAAGGCGGCCGAGGACGACGUUAACAAGAACAAGAUUCAGCACUCGGCCAGCGCGUCCCAGCUGGGUCAAAGAGCGGCGUUUCAACAAUUUGGUCAUCAAAUCGCUCACAGCCAGUCGCAGUCGCAUAUUCAAGGUCAAUCGCAACUGCUAGGCACGAAUCAACAGCAGCACAAUCAGAACCUAGCCAACCAGCCCGUGAACAUACAACAGACCUGCAACAACAAUAACAAUAACAACAACAAUACCAACAGCACGAACAACAAUUUGAUCGGUUCAUCCCACAACUUCAGUCCGGAGAGUCUGUCGCAGAAUCUUCGGAUCCAUCAGCAACAACAACAGUCGCAAACGCAACAGCAACAGCAUGGGAACGUACAACAGAAGCAACACAACGUUGGUUCGUCGGCGUCGAACCUUGGCACCACGGUGUCCCUUACCCAAACUCAGAACCAUAGAAACCUUCAAACGCAUCAGAAACCGGUAUCCAGCGUGGCGCCGAGUUUCUCCGUCAAGUCUCAGAUCUAUCAGACUUCCUCCACGAAAAUUCAUCCUGUAAUGCCUCAAACGUUGAGUCUGAUAGGCCGUGGACACAAUAACGCGCAAAAUUUUGUCGGUUUGAACGCUCAAAAUGCCAAUCAACAGCAAUCAAAUCAAUCUAUCCCUAGCAAUCAAACGUCAAAUCAGGAUCAGACUUACUCGUCGAGGCACAAUUAUCCUGUGAUUCAGCAUCCGACUCAAGCAAACACUCACGUGUCUUCGUCCUCGGUCUAUCAGACUCAGAACUCUCCUAACCCUCCGUCAACCAUUCACUCGUCAUCCAGCGGGACCAGCUUCGGCAAUUCGGUUCAAAGGUACAAUCAAACUCAACCGAUGACCAGUCCUACAUCCAGCAACGAACUAUCCGAUAAGAUGAAGUUCGAGCAAGGAAAAGGCCAAGAAAAGUUCGAACAUGUUCUUCCAGCUAAGCACGAACAGCAAAGGUACGAGCCCAAUCAGGUGUUUAAGUACGAUUCUCAUCAGAUAAAGUACGAGCAACAUUCUAAGUACGAUCAGCAUGGAAAAUACGACCAGACUAAUCAACCAACGAAAUUAUACGAACAAUCAAACAAGCAUGAACAAAGUACCAAUCAGACGAAUAAGUACGAUAACGUAUCGAAGAUCGAGCAAGGGAAGUACGAAUCUGCGCAGAACAAGCACGAACAAAUACAUGGAACAAAGUACGAUCCUAAUCAGAAUACUCAGCAAUACGGCAAGCACGAUCAGCACGAGAUUAGACCAUCGGUGGUAAAGUACGAACACAAUGCAGGAUUCAAGCACGAACCGUCGAACAAAUACGAAGUCGGUGGGCAACAAUUCAAACAGGACCCGGUCAAAUUCGAAAACAAUCAGAAUAAAUUCGAGCAGGGUUCCGUAACGAAGCACGAGCACAAUGGGAAAUUUGACAUCCCCGCGAAGACCGCGGAGAAAACGUUCGAAUUCGACAGGUUGAAGAACGAGAACGAGAGGAAGAAUAUGGGAGAAGACAAGACGAAACCAGCACUACCUCCUAAACCGAGCAAACCGAAUCCUCCGCCACGGCUGACUCAUCAUGAAAAGGUGGAUAACUCGACCGACGGUAUUAGCGACUGCAAGAACAAUUUGGGAAUCAAUGCAAGAACGGAGAAAGAAGAAGACGUACCGCCGAUUCCUACGUCCGAACCGCCGGAGUCUCCAACGGAAACCCAAUUCGGCAACCAUCAGAUCAUCAAAGCGAGGCCUCUGACCCUGAAGAAGGCGCCGAUCUCCGAACAACCGAAGCUCCGUUACGCCAAAUCGAAUGUUCACGUGUCGAUAAAUCGACGGAUUGAGAUGCCACCGGCGUUUCUAUUUCCGGAGACCGAGAUUCCAGCGGACCUAAUGCAAACGGAACAGCAGCAACAACAGCAACAACAACAACAAUCUCAGCAACAGUCACAAAUCAUCGACACGACGGACAAUUGCAAGAAGAGCGGUAUCAACGAAGAUGUAAUUAGCAACGAAAAAUUGGAAGAAGCGGACAUCAUCGACGCGUUGAACGUCAUUAAUAUCGAGGACAAGGCAAAGGCGAAAGAAUCCGAAAGAAGAACGGAGCUGGAAGUCGAUGGGAAAAGCAACGAGGUGAUGAGGAGGAAAAAAGGGAAUCUCAAGUCUAGCACAGGGAAGGCAAAUCUUUCGAGGAGGGUUUCCUUUGAUCCUCUGGCACUUCUGUUGGACGCCAGCCUCGAAGGUGAAUUGGAAUUGGUAAAGAAGACUGCUAAAGAAGUGGCGAAUCCUAGUUCGGCUAACGACGAAGGGAUUACCGCGCUUCAUAACGCCAUUUGCGCCGGUCAUUUGGAGAUCGUUAAGUUUCUGGUGGAGUUUGGCUGCGACGUAAACGCUCAGGACAGCGACGGAUGGACUCCCUUGCACUGUGCCGCGAGUUGCAAUAAUUUAUCUAUGGUGAGAUUCCUGGUGGAACACGGAGCUUGUAUAUUUGCCACUACCCUCUCCGAUCAUGAAACAGCAGCGGAAAAAUGCGAAGAGGACGAGGAGGGCUUCGACGGCUGCUCGGAAUACUUAUACAGUGUCCAAGAGAAGCUCGGAAUAAUGAACAACGGGCAAGUGUACGCAGUGUUCGAUUACGAGGCACAACACAGCGACGAGCUUACACUGAAGAACGGCGAUUCCCUAGUUGUACUCCGAAAGGGUGACGAUAACGAGAGGGAAUGGUGGUGGAGCAAACUGGGACACAAGGAAGGCUACGUACCUCGGAAUUUACUUGGCCUGUAUCCAAGAGUGCAACCGGCAAAGGUGGACUGAAGCGCGUCUCAGCCGGCGAACUCGUAAUAUCCGAUGAUUCAUUACCACAGUAUUCGAUUCGCAGCUUUAUCUCGUUAAGUAUCAUAGUUGCAUCGUCGCAUUACGGAUCGUUAUCUUAAUUUAAUCGCGUCCCAUUGUCAUCUGAACAAAGCGAGCAGCAGAACGUUCUAUAUAGUUUUUUUUAUGUUUCUUUCUCUUUUUUGUAAAGCAAAGCGAAGAACAUUGCUAAUAAGCCCGGAUCAUGGGUGAAUCGCGUAACAUUAACAAACAGUUAGGAUGUAAUUAAGAAAACGGGAAGAACGAUGAACUGGAUCUUGUAUACGCGCAAAGUUUAAUUACUCUUACUUUUUACACUCUUGUUUACUUCCUUUUUGUAAAGGAAAAGAUAACCACGAGGUCAAUUUAAUUUUGAUUAUUAUAACUGUUAGUCAGUUCCUUCAGCGAAAAAGUACAAAAGAAAAUUUCAAUCUCAUUACCCGUGAUUCCGCUUUUAGCCUGUCAACCGCAUAGUUCAGAGAUGGAACGUUUUCGUUUUAAUAUCCAUCAGUUAAGAUCACUCAGAAAGUUUCAGAAAGUUUUAAAAAUGUCAAAUUAGAAAUUAAUGCAACUUCAUUUAUCUCUGACACAAGAUAAACGCAAAUCUUCUUCCUAUUAGUUAAAAAAUAAUUUUAAUUAACUUGAUGUAACAACAAACGAUGAUAAUUUGCUUUUUAAGCUUGAUCGUUUCUAUUUUUUAUGCUUUCGGAAACUGGUCGAAGCAGAAUCACGAAAUUUUUUGAAUGAUCUUUCAACCUUAUCAGAGAGGCAACUUUUAUUUUACCCAUAUUAUGCGAAACGUUCUACGUGAACAGCGUAGACAAAUUUAAAACGCGUUUGAUUUGUUUCAACUAAAUGUUUUUAUUUAGAUGAAGUCAGAUUAUAUUGUUGCGCUCAUUGUUACGUUUUUAUUCGUCUGGUGAAAUUUUCCAAAUCCGAUCGAGGCAAAUUCGGAUUUCGAAAAUGUUCCUAAGAGUGGUGUAUAAUGUAAUCUUGCCAAUACGCACUUCUAAAUGAUCCGUUGUAAGAAAAAAAAUUUGCGCUUAUGAGCACGAAAGAGAUCAAAAAGAUCUCGAUAAUGGUACACGACUUUUUUGUCGUUUUGAGUUGUAUUCAUCAGUGCGAAUUUCUAAAUAAUCGACUUAACACUUGACUAGACACAUGUAUAAUUGAUUAUCGUCUAGGAAAAAUUCAAACGGCUCGAUCAGAAAGAUUCUGAGCAUCGUUAUACUGUCUAAAAGAGUGUACAGGUAUGUGAAAAGAAAUUUUACACGCUUCUUAGGAUGUUUCUGAUAUUUACACACUCACUCACUCACUCAUUCAUACACACGCGCGCGCGCUCACGCGUACACGUACACGUACACACACUACGCCACAUCAUACACCCGUAAAUGAAGUAUGUGCCUUUCAGAAGUAAUAAUGGAUAUAUUAUGUAAGAAUGCAUGAUAUAUUAUGACGAAUAAAUUGUUUUUAAUAAAAAUCA